CCUCCCCCCCCCCCAGGAUGCUCCCCGGAAGCGCCAGAAGGUUGCCAGCGGUAGGGCGCUAUCUAUUCCCGCGAGCCCAUCUCGCACUGACGGAGCGAUUGAGUCGCUCUUUUCUCAAGCUCCUCUCCCCAUGUCUCAACCCUCUCCUACUAUGUCCCCGAAUUUCGGCAAUUCCGACAAUCCUACGCUCCGGAAACGCCCCCCAAAGAUAUCAAAGGCAGCGCAAGUUCCUGUUUGGCCGAAACGCAAAUAUCCUGAGAUUACCAAGGCCCAGGUGACUAAGAAGAGGAAUGAGUACAAGCAAAAAUGGAGUGAGCCUCCAGAAAAGCCACCAAAGGGAACUGCUAUGCCAUACAAGCUGCAAGUCCUCUGGUGGUUCUUUGGCAAUCAGAUCAGUGAGAAGCGUAGGGAGGAAGGUGAUGAACAACCUGUGGCGCGAUGCUAUACAUGCAAGAGCCAUGGAACUAAGAUGCCGAGCGCUGAAGAUGCUCCAGACGGCACAGAAGUACGGCAAUGCGCCCCCUGUGGCUGCGAUUUUGCUGCCGCCUGCCUUGAAUACUACUAUGUCAAGCUUGGUCUCUACGAUCGUGCUAAGCAGCAGAUGGCUGAGCUUCAUCCACAGCGUACUCUUGUUCCAAAGGCCUUCGGUCAGAAUGCCUAUCAGAUGCUGUUAUGCUGGGAGAUAGAGCAUGGUGAGUGGAGUAUUGAGAAGAUGAUUGACUUGCACAAGGAAAAGUCCUCUGCGCUUGAAGCUAUAAGCACAACACGCAUUGAUAAUAAUGAAGUUCUUGGCGCUACUGCGAAGAAGCCUUCAGCUUUGCGCAGGAAGAAGAGCAAGAAGGAUGUUAAUAGUACAGAGUGAGGUUUACUCCGGACGCUCUGACAUGCAACGUUUUACAAGCAAAUGCCCUCUUUUCUAUUGGUUAGCAUGAGGUUGAUUGUAGUCCUUUCUACCUUAACUUUUUUGGCUAGCUAGGACUCGGUUUGUACGAUUAUCUUAAGCGCAUUUUGGGUAGCUCCUGGAUUUUUUUCAGCACUCUUUACCUACUAAAUAGAUAUACAGUCCCUCCGCAAAAGUGUGUG